AUGAACACGCAACUUAUGAACUCGGGCUUUGAGAACAGCCUGCACAACAAUGCAACACCGACGCUGGACGAGAACACGACGCUGUCCACCAACGCCGACGAGUGGCGCAACAAGGAGGCCGACCGCAGCGCCCGCCAGCACAUUGCGCGCAUCAUCUUGAGCCUCAUCAUGAAGAGCGCCAACCGGCCGGUCACAAACAACUACAACCCACGAGAAAUCGCGCGCCGCCUCGAACACACGCUGUACAUGAACUCGGCGUCGCGCGACGAAUACAGCAACCUGUCGACGCUCAAGGUUCGACUGCAGCGCGCACUUGACAAUUCGCGACGGAGGCAGCAAGCCCAGCAGGCCGCCGCCUUAUCAACGACGCCUGCCGAGACGCCGGCGGCACCGGUCGCAGUACCAGCCGCGGUGCCAGCCAGCGCCAAGCCCAACACAUCAGCCGCUGGCAUCACGAGCUCGCAGGCCCAAGUGAUGCAAAAGGUCGCACAAGCCCAGAUGCAGGCCCAGGCGCAGUUGCAUCUGCAGGCACAGAUGCAGCUGCUCGCCAAGCAGUCGGCGGCGGCGGCACCGGCGGCGGCGGCCUCACCGACCGCAUCGUCGUCCAACAACAUUCUGGAAGAGCUCGAGCGCGAGGCCGACGAAAUGGCCAACGCUGGCAUCAGUGACCAGCCCCUCGAGAUGCCCGUCGCCGAGCUCGAGAGUGCAGCGCCAAUGAACAACGUGCCGCUGAGCAUGCCGCUGAACAUGGGCAUGAUGAACAACCGCGUGCCGAUGACGUACGGCAUGAACCUCAACAUGAUGAACCAGACCGCGUACGUGCACCCGACGCAGCUGCAGCUGCAGCAGCUCCAACAGAUGCAGCUGCAGCAGAUCCAGCUGCAAAAACUGCAGCAAAUGCAGCAGCUGCAGCACCAAAUGCAGCUCAACGCGGCGGCCAACACGAUGCCCAAAGUCGCCACGACAACGACGACAGCGGCGCCAGCGACAGCGGCUACGCCAGGCUUGCAGCACCGACGCCGGCCGCGCUGGCGACCGAGGUCACACCCAAGCAGCGUCGCGAGGAGUUCCGGAAGCGGCUCAUCCAGCUCAAGCACGCGCGAACAGGGCUUCUGUGCCAAGGUCAAGGUGCUUCUCUCGCACGUAUCCAACUGCACGGACGCGCAGUGCACCACGAUCGGGUGCAAGUCGACGCGGCAGUUGCUCUCGCACUACCGCAAGUGCCGGGACAUGGCCUGUGACGUCUGCUCGGCGAUCCGGACGCAGAAUCCCGCGAGCCAAGCGUAUGUGCUCCGGCGGCAGCAAGAACGACUGUGCAUGCUGCGCCACGCGAGCACGUGUGCGAUCAUCGGGUGCCCGAUGAACUACUGCGCCGACAUGAAGGUGCUCUGGAAGCACAUUUGCGAGUGCCGGCAGACGCAGUGCACGACCGACCACUGCAUUAGCUCGCGCUACGUCUUGAGCCACUUUAAGCAGUGCCCCAAGUCGGACUGCGGUGUCUGCGUGCCGGUCCGGAACGCGAUCAAGAUCAUCGACAUGACCAAGAACAACCCGACCGAGCUCCAAGCGCUUGCGAACGCGUGCACGAACGACGUCAAGGUCCUCAUCCGGCAAAUGACGACGAUCCCGAUCCAGGCGUCGGACGCGCUGGACCCAUCGGAGACGGCCAAGCCCCUCGUGAUCCCGUCGGCGUCGCCAGCGCUCAUGAAGAACAACAGUUUGGGUCAACUGCCCAUGCCCACAGCAGCAUCGGCUGCCGCGAUGCAGAGCAAGCUCAAGCCGCCCAAGGCCACCAAAGCCAAGGUGCCGGCCGCGCCGCCGACAGCGGCCAAGCCCAAAGCUCCGGUGCCGACGGCCAAGCCGCCCGGCGAGGACGCAAAGACGGCCAAGAAGAAGGAUCCGGGGCUACCAGGCCUGUCGCCCAACGUACCGCCAGCGCUGACGCCAACAACAGCGCUUGUCGCGUCGCCGGGGGCCGGCAAAGCCAAGGCACCGGCCAACGAGAAAGACAAGAAGAUCCGGCGCAAGGAGCAGGCGCGCAUCGCGAAGGAACGGGUCAAGGCCAAGCAAGACGACCCGAAGCCGCCGGUGUCGACGCUCGUGAUCACGCCGUCGGCGGUGCCGGGGUCGGUCGUCGUCUCGAGCACGCCGAGUACGCAAGACAUCUCGUACCUCGACUCGAUGUCGGAGGCGCAGCUGGACGAGCACAUUCGGUCGCUGCGGUUCAACUUUUGCGGGCAUAUUUCGAUUGUCGAGCUCAAGAACCGGCUCAUGCCGCUGCUGACGAGUCUCAUGGAGACGGAGAACGGGUGGGCGUUCAACCAGCCGGUGGACCCGGUGCAGUGGAACAUCCCGGACUAUUUGGAUGUGAUCAAGUGCCCGAUGGACCUCGGCACGAUCAAGAAGCGGCUCGAGGCCGAGCACUAUGUGAGUGUCGACUCGUUUGCGUCCGACGUGCGCUUGACCAGCACCAACAAGUUCAACAUUGCGGCCAAGGCGCUCUUGGCGCAGUUUGAGAAGGACCUCUCAGCGCUCAAGACGCUGCUCGAGGACGAGCUCAACAAGCGCUGCGAGCUGCGGCGCGAAGAAAUGUGCCAGCUGUGCGGCGGCGACUCGUUCAAGUUUGCGCCAUGCAUGCUCUUUUGCUCGGGUCCGUGUGCCGGGCGCAUUCGGCGGCAUACGCACUACUACAGCGAUCCGCGCGGCGAGUACCAUUGGUGCUCGGGCUGCUACAAGCAGAUGAAGGACGGGCCGCUGGACAUGAGCUUGCUGCCCGCGUCGACCAACGCGACGGGUGAAGAGCCGCUCAAAACGGUCCUUCUCAAAGCGCACUUGCUCAAGAAGAAGAACAGCGAGGUCGCCGAGGAGCCGUGGGUCGAGUGCGACAGCUGCAAGCUGUGGUACCACCAGAUCUGCGGUCUCUUCAACGAGCGCAACCAUGCAAUCUCGGGCGAGCAAGAGCCGUUUGUGUGUCCGUUCUGUACCAAGAAGCAGCGGCAGCAAGGCGCGCCGCCGUCGACCAAGCAGCCGCUCCAGGCGAGCCGGCUCCCCGCGACGCGCAUGGCGACGCGGAUUGAGAAGCGUGUCGUCGACGCGCUGGCCAAGGCCCAAGACGAGGAAAUGUCGCGGCUCGGGUCGCUCGGCAACAUUGAGAGUGACGGCAGCAGCGCGCUGCAUCCCAAGUCGGAGACGCCGGCGCCGUCGUUUGCGAUCACGAUCCGCGAGGUGCUCUCGGUCGACAAGCAGGUGCAGAUGAAGCCGCGCAUGGCCAAGAUGUUUGCGCUCAAGACGUCGCCCAAGGCGAACGAGGCGAGCGGCAGCAAGCGCAGCAAGAACGCGAGCGAGAGUGCGUCGGCCAAGAAGGCCAAGCUCGACGAGACCAACAAGGCGAAGAAGGUGCUGAAGAAGGCCGACAAGUUUGAGUUGACGUACCGGUCGCGCUGCAUUUGCGUCUUUCAAGAGCUCGACGGCGUCGACGUGCUCAUCUUUACCUUGUACGUGCAAGAGUAUGGCGAGCAGUGCGCCGAGCCCAACCGCGGCCGCGUCUAUAUUUCGUAUUUGGACUCGGUCGCGUACUUUCAGCCCAAGAAAUUCCGCGUCCUCAUGCACCAGCAAGUGAUCCUCGGGUUCCUCGACGACGCCAAGAUGCGCGGGUACCACACGGCGCACAUUUGGUCGUGCCCGCCGCUCAAGGGCGACGACUACAUCUUCUUUUGCAAGCCCGAGAACCAAAAAAUCCCGAAAGCAGCGCGGCUCCGGUCGUGGUACUCGAAGCUGCUCCAAGGCGCCAAGAAGGAAGGGUUGGUGUACAACAUCUCGAACCUCUACGCCGAGUACUAUGUGAAGAAGAAGACGGCGCUUGAAUUGCCGUACUUUGAAGGCGACUAUUGGCCGCGGCUCGCCGAAGACCUCAUCAAGCAAGUCGAGGACAAGGCGAGCGGCAAGGGCAAUGGAAAGACAGCCGGGAAAGCGUCGCGCAAGACGGACGAGCCGGCGCCGUCGGCGUCGCCACCGACGACGACGUCGACACCGACAGAGACGCACAGCGACGCGGCCACAACGGCCACGAGCAGCACUGCCGUCGCCAAGCCGAUCAAGACCAAAGGCGAAGUGAACAACGACCCGAUCAUGCAAAAGCUCAAGGCGAUCCUCGAGCCGCAGAAGGAAGAUUUCUUUGUCGUCGACUUGCAUCCGCGCUGCCACAAGUGCACGUCGUCGGUGAUCAACAAGACGUUUUGGGCCCUCAAGACGCUGGCGCCGUCGGACGGCGUCGACAAUGUCAUUGAGGGACUGAAGAAGGCCAAGUCGGCGCAGCUCAAGUCGUCGAUGGUGCCCCGGCACUAUUCGCACUACUACUGCGCGCCGUGCUACGAGAGCUCGAAAACGAGCCUCCUCGCGCGCGUCGAGGCGGCGGCUGCCGGCGCCAAGAAGGCCCAAGAGCUCUACGCCACCGUGAGCGCGUCGACGUCGGACCCCGCGACGUACAACUACAACAACUGUGCGGUCGAGGUGCAGGACCUCAAGUUUGAACUCUCGCUCUCGUGUGUCGCUAGCUCGCUCCUCGCCGAUCAAGAGAGCGGUGCCGACCACCCGAUGGCCGAGCUGGCGCUCGAGCCCGACGAAGAUGCGCUCAUGCCGUGCGAGAUCUUUGACACGCGCGAGGCCUUCCUCAUGUACUGCCAGAACAACCAUUGCCAGUUUGACCAAGUGCGUCGGUCCAAACACUCGAGCAUGAUGGUCUUGUACCAUCUCUUCAACCAAGGCACGACGGGCUUUACGUUUUCGUGCGCCAAGUGCGCGAUGACGCUAACGAGCGGCCACCGCUGGAACUGCUCGAUUUGCCUCAACUUUAACCUGUGCGACGGCUGCCGCGGCAAGACCAAGCACGAACACCCGCUCCAUGCGUUCCACAUCGUGUCGAUUCCGCAGCCCAAGUACAAGACGUCGGCCGAAACGGACGCGCUCAACGCGCUGCCUGCGCCAGCGCCGUUGCAGCAGAAAAAGAAGCAGAAGAAGCAGCCCGCGGCCAAGAAGGGCAAGGGCAGUUUGAAGAAGAUGACCAAGACAGAGCCGCCGCCCGUGGUAGUGGCGAUGCCGACGCCCGAUGCGGCACCGGUCGUGCCCAAGGUCGAGCCCGUGGCAGCGCCGGCCGCGACUCCGCCACCACAGCCACAGCAGCAGCAGCAGCAGCAACGCAUCGUCGACCCGCAGCUGCUCGUGCAGCUCGAGCACGCGAGCUUGUGCCAAGUGGGCGACGCGUGCACGUACGUCAACUGCAACCGGAUGCGCGCGAUGCUCAAGCACGGCGCGACGUGCGAGGCGCGCAAGCUCGGGCCGUGCCAGCUCUGCAAGCGCAUCGUCGGGCUGCUCUCGGCCCACGCCAAGCAGUGCACCAAGCCCCUCAACGAGUGCAAGGUGCCCCGGUGCACGGAAAUCCGACGCCUCGUGCAGCAGCACCAAAUGCGCGCCGCCGACACCAAGCCCGAGCCAACGUCGUCGACAUAG